UGUGCUCCCCGGUGCCGUCCCGCCCCAGCCGCCUCCUCAGGAACCUCCCACCCUGUUCCCAGCCGAGCUCGGGCCCCGCGGGCACGUCCCGCCAGCAGAGCCCGUUGACGAGCGUGCCCCCUCAGGAGUCCCCGCCUGCUUGGCCGUGUACCCUCAGAAAGAGCCCGGUGCCUGCCAUAGAGUGUGGCGGUGCCCUCGCUGCACCCCGAGAAGGGUCCGGCGCUGCAGGGCUCGGCCCCCGCGGGUUGCGGUGGGGCGGUGCCGCCCCUCUCCCGUGCCGUUCCUCGGCGCUGUCCCGCUCCCCGGCGGGUGCGGGGCCGGUGGGGCCGUGCGGCGGCGGUUCCGGCACGAGGCCCAGCCCGCACCGGGGAACGGUCGGGGAACGGUCGGUCCCCGGCCCCGCACCGCUGUCCCGGGUCCUGAGCCCCGCACCGCUUGCCCUCCGCAGCUCCUCUUGCGUGCCGGAGCCCGCUGGGCUUUGCCACCUCCUUGGGGAAAGCAGCAGGCGAUCAUUGACCUGACCUGUGAGGAUGUAAACACAGACCCAACGCCGUCGAGCAGCCUCACCAUCAUCGACCUGACUGCGGACAUGUGCAGCCUUCUCCACUCCACCCUUGGUGCUGCCCAGAACCCCAGAAACACUGGCCCAGCAGCACACACGUCCCAUCCCCAACUCUGCCCCACCGCAGAAGAAGAAAUGCAGGCAGUGGCAGAGCUGAGCCCUGCACCAGCAUCACACAGCACUCCUGUGAAGCUCAGUUCCACCACAGUCACAGAAGAAACCAUGGAGAACUGUAGCUGCCUUUCUCCUGCCUCUGGGCACCACAGCUGGAGCUCGGAGGAUUCUGGCACUUCUGUGUUUAACAGCUUGGACUCACAGUCAGACUCAGACUGCCUGUCCCCAUCUCCCCCCAGCCUGGACAGCAACAGCAGCAGAAGAGCUGAUGGCCCAGAGGAAGAUCCCCCCCAGCCCUGCCAGGAAAGGAACCUCCCCCCAAGGUUGAGCCCUGCCCCAGCCAUUCCUGUAACACCAGAAAAGACCCAAAGGUCUUUGCCAGAAUCAACUUAUUUCCCACCACACCAACCAAUCCAGCAAGCCACCCCGGCCAGGACUGACACUGACAGCAAGGCCUGUCUGGACAAACUACACAAUUUCAGCAGGAAUGGAGUCCAGCACCUGUUCUUCCAAGGCACAGUACCCAACAGAGAAACACUGCAGCAGAAACCUGGGCUCAUCCCCAGCGGGAAGCUGAGCAUGGUGCACACCACCAUGGAGGAGAACAGCCUGGAGGGCACCUUGUAUUUCCUGAAUGAGUUUGUCUCCUGCCAGCACCAUCCCCCCAAAGAAAUCAUCUGCGACCUGAUCAAACAUCUGCUCUCGGACACCCAUGAAGAGGAGAUCCUGAGUGGCAUCUACAUGAUGCUGAUGAAAAUCCAAAUGCUCCAUCCAGCCAACAUCACCACGGUGGGAUGGGACUGGACACUGUUGAGAUUCAUCAUGGACAACCAGGAGAAGCCCCCUGGCCAACUCCUCUUCCUGCAGUACGUGGUACAGACCCUGGAGGAUGACUUCCAGCACAAUCUGAAGUCACACCAGCUGCAGAAGUCAAUUGCCAAGGAAGUGCUUUCAUGUGAUUUGUGCUUCAGCAAUGUCAAGGAAGUGGUCAAGUGGUUGGUGGCAGCAGUUACUGGAGUCGGGUUCUCCCAGCCCUGGGAGCAGCUGCAAGAAGCCAGGGCUGAACACAGUUCAUCUUCACCAAGGCUGGCCAGCACUCAGACAGCUUUCUUUGCCCAAAAGGCGAUGCUCCUGCUCCAGAGGAUGUUGUCCAUGGCAGUGGAAGUGGACAGAUCUCCCACCUGCAGCUCCCGCAAGAUUGCAGAUGACAUAUUCCCGUUCAUACUGAAUAUCCCCCUGAGGAGCCAAAGGGAAGCUUUAUUAAACACUAUGGAGAGCCAGCUCCUGCGCUGCAGACUGCUAGAGCUAUUAUUCCAGCACAGUUGUGAUGUGCCCACAACCUCGUCCAUGUCUCUGGACAAGAUCCUGUAUUUCCUGAGCCACUCCUCUGUGCUGCCACAAUUUCAGGAUGAAACAGCAACAUGGCAAAGGUGGGACGAGAUGCUGCAGUACUUGAGCUUGCUGCUGCUGAGUUACCAAAGUGUAAAACUGGAGCACCUGCGGACCUCUAUCAGUGACAGGAUGGAUUUGAUUGCUCAGAAAGCCAAGCCCAGGCUCCAGGACAGUGAUGACAUCAGCCAGCUGGAUAUUCAGCUGAAGAUGAAUGACUUCAUCAGCAGAAUGCAGGAGACCCUGGAGCAGCCUUUUCCCCCACAAAUCCAGGAGAAAUUGUUCAUGCUGCAGGAGUUGUUCUGUGUUGUCACUGCUGCCUGAUGGAGACAGCCACUGCAGCAAGGGGGACAAAACUUCAUGUUCUCAACAGAGAACCCCCCAUCUCACGCUGCAAUCUCAGCAUCAUGGGGGUUGCUUUAUACACUUCUUUUGAAACGUGUUUGGUUUACAUUGUCUCAGAAUUUCCAUUCCAGUUUGCCUCCUUGUGCAGUUUUACAAAGCACUUUGUACACUUUAAAAAAAUGAGUUCUUUUAAUGUUUGCCUAAGACUGCUUUGUCUUGGUUCCAGCACUGGCCAAAGGAAGUCCAGAGCUCUGUCAGAUCACACUACAAGGCCAUGCUUUGACCCCAGCCUUUCCAAUCCGAGAUUCACCUGUGCAAUCAGGACCACAGCAGCAGCCUGUACCUCAGUACCUGAAUCUGUUCCAUGACUUUUAGUUCAGCUUCCACUCCACGAGCACAGGGAACACCAGCAUUCAGAGCUCAGACUUCUCCAGCCCAGGUGAACCACGUGCUCCAUCAGCAGUCCUUUAAAGGGCAGCUAAAAGCACUGCAACAGCACCAAACCACAACUUCCCAGAGGGGAAGUGGGCACCUCUAGGGAAACACCAGCCUAGUUCCCACACUUGUGCCCACCUCCACAGUACAGGUGGAAACACAGCAUGCAUGCAACAAGAGGCAAAAUCUCUGGAACAUGGAUUUGGAUUGCUCAAGAGAACACAAAAACUUCAUGAUUCGUUUCAUCUGCACAUGCCCUAAGACAGAACUGAGCCUGGCUGUAAACCCAGUCUCCCUGUGAAAGGGGAAUUUGUAGGCAAAUAUUUAAUCUUAGUGAGGUGCUGCCAGAGCCUUAUCCACCAGAACCUUGACCUCACACUCACUGGACAGCCCCCAAUUUCUCCCACAGAUGCUCUGCCAGCACCAACACACACUGUGUACCUCAAUUCCACAAGGAUUUUAUUGUCCUGUAACAAAACAAAAACAUAUACACAUUAGGAGACGUGAAUACAGUCAGCAAAUAAAUUAAUGUCAAAUGACAGCCUGAUUGCCAAGGUGCAAACAAGUGGUGACAGAACUGCUGGUUUGGGUGGGGGACUUUCACACAACACGUCACUGUCAGUGCUGCUGAAGCUCAAGAGAAAGCAAUGCUACAAAAUGUGCUGCUUCAGAGGGGCCAGCAGCCAGCCAAGGAGCCAACCCUGUCUCAGCCUCCAGAGAGGGUGUUUGGUUUAAGAAGGCAGAAACCCUGGAGUUCAACAAUUACCACCUGUUAAGUAACCUCUGUAUAAUGUCCUGGCAGCAGAGAAGGUUCCACUUCCAGAUGCAAGGCUGCUGCUGGCUGAAGGACUCUGCACAAUCGUGAGAUGAAGAGCAGACCUGAGGAGACCCAUUUGCCACAGUACAGGUGAGGAUUACAGAGCAAUGCUGCCUAUCACACUUAAGGGAUUACAUGGUAGCCAGGGGUUCCUUCCACUUUUCCUGAAAGCCAGUGUUAGCUGUUCCCAGGAACUGGUUCAGACUAGUCAAGGAUCACAUCCAGCUGUACCUUAGCAGGGAGCAAUGUUCAGCCUUGGUCUGCCCUCAGUCCUCCCCCAGCCCUGUAGAACACACUUAAUGCUGAUACAACAAAAUACCCUGUCUGAGAAGUGUUUCUGGUGUCUAAUACAUUCUACACAAUUCUAGGGAAAAGGAGAAAAAAACAGCAAAAACAAAUCAAGCAGCAUCCAGAGUGCCAGAACACCUGGAAAUCUGUUGUCUGGAAUGCACGACACCAGCUUUGGUUACUUCCACCUUCUUAGAGGAACAUGAAGAGUUGGAAGAAAAGGAAUUCUUCCUCAUUACUUCCAAGCUCCCAUUAGAUUUUGCUCCCUGCCUUUCCAAUGAGAACAUUUUAGAAUGGUCACUAGUCCCUUUUCCCUUUAAAAAACAUUCCAAGAACAAAAUACAUGGUCACACUGGAUAGUGAGGGAAUGCCACAUUUAUACUGACCCACCACCAUCUUAUACCCCAUCUUCCUUCUGGCAGUUAAUCAGUUUUCAGUCCUUGUUCACAUCAUUUUCUGCUUGAUCUCUUGGUAGAACCAGUCCUCCUGUGGGUCCUUCAGCACCGAGCAGGACAAGACAGCCAGAUUCCAGGCAUACAAGCCAGGUGCUCACACACCACAUUGAAUCCUGUCCAAAAAAAACCCAUGGCUCAGGGUUUCACUGUGGUGUGAUGUACUGGGAAGCACAUCCAGAGCAGCCUGGCAGCCCAAACCAGUGCAGUGGACACGGUGGUUUACAUUGGUUUAGGACUGGUGGAAGAGUUUUUCCAAGACUGGCUUUAGCAGAACAAUAAUGACUGUUUCUUUUUCUGAGAUGAAGAGCUGGAAAAGGAAACUUUCCUACUUUACUUCAGCACAUGG